AUUUUAGUAGACCCGAGAAAAGGGUUUGGAGCUUUAAAGGAAAGGAAAGCUCUUUGAACCGCCGCUUUGUCCGCAUCUUCUCUCUGCAGAGAUUUAUCGAGAGAUGGGUCUAACGGAAGAAGAAAUCAAAAGACUUUACAGAAUCCAGAAGACGUUGAUGCAGAUGCUCAAGGACCGUGGCUACUUCAUCGCCGACUCUGAAAUCACCAUGAGCUUGUCACAGUUUGUUAGAAAGUAUGGAGACAACAUGAAAAGAGAGGAUCUUGUUACUCUCAAAGCUAAGAGAAACGACAGCAGUGACCAGCUCUAUAUCUUCUUCCCUGAUGAGGCGAAAGUUGGAGUUAAGACGAUGAAGGUGUACACAAACAGGAUGAAAUCAGAGAAUGUUUACAGGGCAAUCUUGGUGGUUCAACAGAACUUGACUCCUUUUGCUCGAACUUGCAUUAGUGAGAUCUCUUCAAAGUUCCAUUUGGAAGUUUUCCAGGAGGCGGAAAUGCUUGUGAACAUUAAAGAACAUGUUCUUGUUCCGGAGCAUCAAGUUCUCACCACUGAAGAGAAGAAGACUUUGCUAGAGAGAUACACUGUCAAGGAGACACAGCUUCCAAGGAUCCAAGUGACUGAUCCAGUCGCAAGAUACUUUGGGCUAAAACGUGGACAAGUGGUGAAGAUCAUACGUCCGAGUGAAACUGCUGGUCGUUAUGUUACCUAUCGUUAUGUUGUAUAAGCAAAAAAGCUUUUGUGGAUUGCUGCGAAUAGGAUCGCUGAGAGUUGUGCUGUUGUACGAAAUUGUUGACAAUGUUGUUUGUUAGAUGUGUGAACUAGAAGACCUUACAAGAACAUUCUGUUUAUUGUAAUAUGGGUAAGGUGGUCUUGCCAAGGUCUCGUGAGCACUGAGAUGAUUUC